AUGCACAUCGCUUCUCUCGCUCUCCUGGUCGGCGCCACCGCCGUCGCCGCUGAUACUGUCACUCUUUUCCUGCCUGGAUUCGACCAGCAAGAUCUUGUCGGCAGCGUUAUCGGAUCUAGCGCCAAGAUGACCACCUACCUUGUCCAAUGCGCCGCCGGCGAAGACUCCGACGACUGUGGUGUCCCACCCGGUGGUGUGACCGUCAUUCAGGGAUCCUCGACUGCCCAGAUCAGCUACGGCAUGGCUGGAAUUACCCUCGAUGAGCGCUGCAAGUACGAUGCCACCAGCGUGACUUGCUCUGGAUCUAUGGUCGAGAGCGGUGUUUCCUCGGCUUUGAACACUGGUGCACCUCUUUCCGAAAUUCCUGGCGGUGCUCUUUUGCCAGUCAGCAUCACUGCUACCGGUACCGCAGGUAGCUCUGCUACUACUGGUGCUUCGGUUACUGCUUCCACUGCUUCUUCCACUGGCGCCUCUGGUCUGACCACUUCCGCUUCCACUGGAACUUCUACUGGCACUUCUACUGGAUCCUCUACCAAUGAGAGCGGCAGUGCUACGGCCACUGGUACCCAAACUUCGUCGCCUAAUGCGGCUUUGCCAAUGAUGACCGGCAAUGCUCGCUGGGCCGCUGUUGGCGGUGUUGCUGCCGCCAUUGCUGUUGCUGCUCUCUAG